AUGCGUUCUCUGUGGAUAAAUUUCAUCGGACUGGGUGUGCGCUUUGUCUUGGCGCAGGACACCUCAGCCGAACUCGACUCGGUUCUCGCUGAUGUUGCUGUCAAUAACAUCGACGAUGUCAGAGGCAACUUGUUCCUACCCGGAACUGCUUCUGACGGCCUCGCAAUCACCUGGGAGAGCUCCGACCCAUCCAUCAUCUCUGAAGACGGCCGCGUGACCAGGCAAUCCUCAGACGCCGAGGUCAGCUUGACCGCUUCCAUUAGCCAAGACAAUGUAACCCGCACACGGGUGCUCACGGCCAAUGUCCGAGCCGCUGUUGCUCUGGAUGAGUUUGAAGGCUACGCAUUUGCCUACUUUACCGGAAAUAGCAUCGCUGGCGAGAAGAUUUACUUUGCUGCCAGUGAAGGAAACAAUGCGUUGGACUGGGAUGAGUUGAACGGCGGUCAGCCCGUCAUUACAUCCACCCUGGGAACAAAGGGUUUGAGAGAUCCUUUUGUCAUUCGGUCCCCCGAAGGGGAUACCUUCUAUCUUCUGGCCACCGACUUGUCAAUUGGCAGUGGAACUUCAUGGGGCGCCUCGGUUCGCACUGGGAGUCGGUACCUCGAAGUCUGGGAAUCAAACGACCUCAUCAGCUGGUCUGCCCAGCGUCACGUCCUGGUCUCCCCUGCCACAGCGGGAAAUACCUGGGCGCCUGAAGCCUACUACGACGAUGACUUGGGCGCAUACAUUGUCUUCUGGGCUUCUUCCCUGUACGCCGAGACCGACACGGCCCAUACUGGAAGCACCUACCAUCGCAUGCUCUACGUCACCACACGCGAUUUCAUCACAUUCAGCGAUCCCGUAAUCUGGCAAGAUGCCGGCAUGUCGCGCAUCGACUCAACUAUCCUCAAGUCCAACGAUGUUUACUACCGCUUCACCAAAGAUGAGGGCGCCAGCGGCACGGGAUGCAGCGAUAUUAUCCAGGAGAGGUCGACGUCGCUGCGCGCAACUCUUGACUCUUGGACUAUUGUUGCCACUUGUAUUGGUAAGAAUGCCGGCACAAGCGCCGUUGAGGGACCUACUGCGUUCAAGUCGAACCCCAACGAUGUCAAUGGCGACAAGUUUUACUUGUUCGUUGAUGAGUACGGUGGCCGCGGGUACAUCCCGCUUGAGACUGCGGAUAUUGCCAGCCCGGCUUGGAAGGUCUCGAGCUCGUACAAUCUCCCUUCCAGUCCUCGCCAUGGAACUGUUCUCCCUGUUACUGCAAGUGAGCUAUCUGCACUCAAGCAGAACUUGGCCAAAGCGAAGCGCCAGGAAUCAGCAACAGGCGUCUUGGAGAAACGCACCAACCCUGUGUUGACUGGCCUCUACGCCGAUCCCAACAUUGCCAUCUACAACUGCUUCUACUACAUCUACGCGACGACCGACGGAUACGCCGGCUGGGGCGGCAAGGACUUUUACGUCUGGAAGUCCCCCGACCUCGUGUCCUGGUCUCGCUCUGAGAAGCCCUUCCUCACUCUCAACGGCACUUCCGGCAACGUCCCCUGGGCCUCGGGCAAUGCCUGGGCGCCAACAAUCGCCGAGCGCAAUGGCAAGUACUACUUCUACUUCAGCGGACACAACCCCACGUACAACAGGAAGACGAUUGGCGUGGCUGUGGCGGAUUCUCCCGAUGGACCUUUUGAGGCUAUGGACAAAGCCAUGAUUCUCAACAACGAGGCCCUUACUUCGGGCCAGGCCAUUGAUCCUUGCGCGUUCCAGGACCCUGUCUCUGGCAAGUACUAUCUUUUCUGGGGCAACGGCAGCCCCCUCUACGCAGAGCUGAAUGAAGACAUGGUUUCUAUCAACUGGAGCACUGUUGGGGCUCCCAGCGGCUUGCAAAACUUCCGCGAGGGAACCUUUGUCAACUAUCGCGAGGGAUUAUAUCACCUCACCUAUUCCAUCGACGACACUGGAUCUGAGAACUACCGCGUUGGCUAUGCAACUUCGGACAGCGUCGACGGCCCAUGGGUCUACCGCGGCGUCAUCCUCCAGAAGGACACGUCUCAGGGUAUCCUGGGGACCGGACACAACUCCAUUGUCAAUGUCCCUGGCACGGAUGAGUGGUACAUUGCGUACCAUCGAUUCCACAUCCCAGAUGGUGAUGGCACGCACCGCGAGACGGCGCUCGACUCGCUGACUUUUGACGAGUCUACUGGUCUGAUUAACGAGGUUGUCCCGACAUUGGAGGGACCGCCGGCGAGGGUGCUUCCCAGUUGUCCGGCAUACCGACGACGUUACCGACGGUCGUUUGUGUAG